GGUGUCAUGUGCUACCUCUCUGGGUGCCUGCCUGCUGCUUCGGUGUGGUAGUCGACGAGAGUCACUAACGCCAAGUGCAUUGGCUCCCAUCGCUGAUUGCUAAUCUACGAGUCUUCACGUACGGUCAGACUCUGAUUGGCACACCAAAAUGGGGACUUUCUUCCGGUCCGAGGAGAUGGCGAUGACGCAGAUUUUUCUGCCGACCGAUUCUGCCUACUUCUGCGUGUCUGAACUUGGAGAACUGGGUCAAGUUCAGUUUCGAGACUUGAAUCCGGACACGAACGCGUUCCAGAGACGUUUCGUGAACGAGGUUCGCCGUUGCGAUGAGAUGGAGCGGCAGCUACGUUUCAUUCUCCGCGAAAUCAAGCGGGAGUCUCUUCCUAUCUACGAAGCGAAUGCCAAGGAUGUCCCGCAUUCGCCUCCUCCCAAGAACAUGAUCGACAUGGAGGCGACGUUUUCGAAAAUCGAGGAGGAACUCAAAGAGAUCAAUACGAACGGCGAGGAGCUCCGACGCACAAAUCUUGAGCUUUAUGAAGUCAUGCAGAUUUUACAGCUCACUCAACGCUUCUUCGAGCAGCGUGAGCGCACCGGUAGCCUCGUUCAGCGUGACGAUGGAUUCCAGCUGAUGCCUGCCGACAACAUCAAUCUCACGUUCCUGGCGGGCGUGAUACCCAGGGAGAAACUGAUGUCAUUCGAGCGCCUGUUGUGGAGGGUUUGCCGAGGAAACGUUUUUAUGCGACAAGUCCCCAUUUACAUGCCGGUCGAGGAUCCCCAUACCGGAGCCUGGCACAUGAAAAACGUUAUAAUCGUCUUCUUCCAAGGGGAGCAGCUGAAAAGCAAAGUCAAGAAAAUCAUGCAGGCAUUCCACGCCAACACUUAUCCCAUAAGCGAUACGUUCGACGGACGUCGUCAACUCCUAGACAACGUCCGCGGCAGGCUCGAGGAUCUCAAGAAGGUCCGUCAGGAAACUCAGGAUCACAGGAACCGAGUUCUGGUGGCCACCGCGCGAAAAAUCUCUCAAUGGUUCAUCGAGGUUCGAAAAAUGAAGGCGACCUUCCAUACGCUGAACAUGUGCAACAUGGACAUCACGUCCAAGUGCCUAUUGGCGGAAGCUUGGGUCCCGGUAGCUGACAUCGCAUUCAUCCAGAACGCCCUCAACCGAGGACAAGUCGCGUCUGGCAGCAAUGUCCAUCCGAUCCUCCAUCGGGUGGACACCGAUGAAGUUCCUCCGACCUACAACAAGACCAACAAGUUCACCAAAGGUUUCCAGAACAUCAUCGACGCGUACGGUGUUGCUACUUACCAGGAGACAAACCCCACUCCUUUUACGAUCAUCACGUUCCCGUUCCUGUUCGCCGUGAUGUUCGGUGAUGCGGGACACGGGAUGCUGAUGUUCCUCUUCGCCCUGUGGAUGGUACUCUGCGAAAGGUCGCUCGCGGCCCAGAAGAGCGACAACGAGAUCUGGGGGACUUUCUUCGGCGGUCGAUACAUCAUCCUCCUUAUGGGGAUUUUCUCAAUUUACACCGGAAUGAUUUACAACGACGUUUUUUCGAAAACCACCAAUAUCUUCGGAUCGGCGUGGCACGUCCGGCAGGACGUCAUCAUCGACCCGGUGACCAACGAGACCAUGAGGCAGGCCAUGAUCCUUCCGCACGGAGACUACAGCGGAUCCCCGUAUCUGUUCGGACUGGACCCGGUCUGGAUGCUCUCGGAGAACAAGAUCGCUUUCUCUAAUUCCUUCAAGAUGAAAACCUCGAUCGUUCUUGGAGUGGUGCAGAUGUCCUUCGGUGUCUUGCUGUCCCUGCGAAACCAUCUGUUCAACAAGGACUCACUCAGUAUCGUGGCCGAGUUCAUUCCCCAAGUCCUGUUCUUGAUGAGCAUCUUCGGUUAUCUCGUGAUCACGAUCGUGCUCAAAUGGGUGUUCUACUUCGAAAAUACUUUCUGCGCUCCCUCACUCUUGCUCAUGUUGAUCAACAUGUUCAUGAUGUCCUAUCCAGAGCAGCCCGUCAAACCGGAACUCUGCAACACGGACUUGCUCUACGGAGGACAGAGUUUUAUCGAACCCGUGCUGGUGGUAAUCGCACUGGUCUGCGUCCCUUGGAUGCUUCUCGUCAAACCUUUCGUUCUCCGAUCCCGACACGCGCAAGCUCAAUCCCUCAGAGCGUCCUCCGCUGCGCCCUUGAAUUCGGACUCCAAUCCUGAGGAAGGAAACCACGCCGACAACAAGCCCGCUAGUCCCAGCAACGGCGGGGCCGCAACAGGCGGUCACGGAGGCGGUCAUGGGGGCGGUCACGGUGGGCACGGCGGUCCCGGCGGCGAGUUCGACUUCGGAGACUGUUUCAUCAACCAAAUCAUUCAUACCAUUGAGUACGCUCUCGGUUGCGUCUCGCACACCGCGUCGUACUUGCGUCUCUGGGCUCUCUCACUCGCUCACGCUCAACUCUCGGAAGUGCUGUGGAACAUGGUCUUCAGGCCUGGUCUGGAUAUGACCAACGCUGUAGGAUUUAUCGGAAUUUACUUGGCGUUCGCUUUCUGGGCUUUCCUGACAAUCGCUGUAUUGCUCAUCAUGGAGGGUCUUUCAGCCUUCCUCCACGCUCUUCGUCUCCACUGGGUUGAAUUCCAAUCGAAAUUCUAUCACGGCGAAGGUUACUGCUUCAUGCCCUUCUGCUUCAAACAAAUGCUCGAAGACGCCGAAGCUGAGGAUCGCCUGAUUGUCGCCGCGUAGAGCUUGAACGUCACUCAAAAGCACCUGCCCUAGCGAGCUUCGGGACGAUCGUUAUUCUUACGCCUUUUUUUGUGUUGAACCAAAAUCUUAAAAAUCCGUGCCACUGGACCCGGUUCCAAAGGUGAUGAACCAGCGCUAUGGAACAACUUAACUUCAACUGUUAUGAGUGUUGAACGCUUCCCGAAAAUCGUUGCCCCGUGAUCUUAUGCUGAAUAAACUCA